UGUGAGCAGACUAAAUGUAGCGAUUUUGAAAACAAACAAACCCCAACAAGAAAGGAAGUAUUCUUCCUCUGCAUUUCCUGUUCUACAUUACUAUUUCCUCUCUUUUAACUUCAAUUAUGUGUGAAAGUUGUCUUAAAGAAGAAUAUCCCAAUAGGGAUAGAAUGUGCUUAGAUUCGGGAGCUUACAUGGCAAAUUUGAAAUGUUGCUGCAAAUGUCAAUCAAACCAAGUGAGUGUGCUAAACAAGACCAUUUCAGAAGAUGAUGGGAUCGAAGUAACAGUUUUUGAACAUGCUUGUGGUACUUGCCAGCAUAUAAUUUCCAUUCACAAUUACAAGUUCUGGGCCGAAGGUGACUACCAAGAAUAUGAAAUGGACUGUGCAUUGUGUGGAACUGCUGAGGAUUCAAUUAGCAUUCUUCCUGAUGAUCCUCAAAAGGCCUCUUUGGAUUUUUUCUAAAUUUUCCAUCAUAACCUUUUUUGUAACACUUUUCUAAGAUACCGCUUAAAUACUGAUUAUUAAUAAUACAGUUGUAUUUUAAAAAUUAA